GGUCUGGCAGCGUUCUAGGGAAGUUUUAUGUUUUCUCUCGUCUCGUCUCGUGUGACCUCGAAACAAUAUUUAAAGCCCUUUUGUCGCGCCAAAGUCAUAUCUUCUUUUCUUCGAUGAAUCAAUGGCGGCGGAUUCCCAGUCCGAUUCCAAUAAAAUUUUCAGCGUUCGACUUGUGUCCAUCGAUUACUACAUGUCGCCGCCGAUCCCUGGCUUUGAUAUCUGUUACAGUAGGUUCCAAGGUGGGAAGGUGAUUGAAGUUCCUGUUAUAAGAGUUUAUGGCUCCACGCCUGCUGGUCAAAAGACUUGCUUGCAUAUUCAUCGAGCUUUACCCUAUUUAUACGUCCCUUGUAUAGAAAUACCACUUGAUCCACACCAAGAAGGUGAUGCAUACACAAACACCAUUUCUCUUGCCCUUGAGAAGGCCUUGAAACUGAAAAGUACUGCCGGUUCAAAACGGCAACAUGUGCAUGGUUGUGCUCUUGUACGAGCAAGAAGAUUUUAUGGUUACCAUCCAUCAGAGGAACUUUUUGUCAAGAUAUACCUAUAUCAUCCAAAUGAUGUCUCUCGUACUGCAAGACUUCUUCUGGGAGGUGAAGUUCUUGACAGAAGUUUGCAGCCUUAUGAGUCACACAUUCCAUUUAUUCUCCAGUUUCUGGUUGACUAUAACUUGUAUGGGAUGGGUCUUCUACAUGUAUCAAAGAUAAAGUUUCGUCAUCCAGUCCCAGAUGCUUUUGGGCAAAGGAAGAUAGGCCCGCUUAGAGAAGUAAUGGAUAAGCCAGUCUACAUGUCUGCUGAUAUUCAGGCAGAUUCAAAUGUCAAUAUGUGUUUAAGAUCUCCAGUUUGGAUAUCAUCCACAAUCCCUAGUGAUUGGAUGUGGCAGUUUUCUGAUGAAUCUGGCGCUGCGUUUGAUCAAGACGCUCACUGUGUUAAGCGUCAAAGUGUUUGCCAACUUGAAGGAGAUGCUAUCGUGGAUGAAAUUCUUAAUCAGCAAUUUAAGAUCUAUGCAUCCUUUACACAGACUGGUUCAGCUGUCAAAAUGGUUCAGUCACUUAUCCCAAUCUGGGAGGAAGAAUAUGAAAGAAGUGGGGUAUAUGAGGCAGCAAUGCCACCAGAUCCCGGCAAACCACUUCCAGAAGAUGUUUUGAAAUCUCUCUCAGUUGGUCUUGAAUUCGAGAAAAAGCUCCUGGAUUUGUGUAGUGAAGCUGGAGGUGCAUUAACUUUCUUCGAGAAUGUUGCAAAAUUUGGAUUAGCAGGAUCUUCGAUCAACAAGGGAAUUUUGGUUGGAGUUGAUAAUAGUGAGGUUGCGUUAUAUGAAAGGGGAAUGCAUACAAUACUGAAUGAAGAUAAGGAUGCACGUCCUAAAUUUAUUGCUUCUGGUGAAAACUUGUCAUGUGGAAUUUCUGAAACCUUAUAUCCAAAGGCUACAGAUACAGAUGAUCUUGGCCUUUUAAGGUGGCUUGCCACUUCUCAGGAUGUUGAAGAUAUAAACUCGGAUGAUGAACUUGUUAUUGAAACCAUUUUGAGUCCCUUGCAGCCUGCAACAACCAUUAAUCAGGUUUUGGAGAAGGCUAAUAUGGAUUAUGAGAGUGAGUCUCAAAGAGAGUGUCAAGACAUUCUUGACUCAAUUGAGGAUGUAAUUAACUCUGGGAAUAUGAAUAAUAGAUCUUUUCAUCCUAUUGAUCAUGAGCCUGCCCAAAUUUCAUUACAAGAGAAGAUUCCCCAACUAGAUGGUUCUAGUGAUGAUCUGUACUCAUCUCCAUGUUCAGGAUCAGCCAAAAAUUCAUUAAAGAUAGAUACGAAGAGUGAACCUAAAAGACCUCAGAACCAAGAAUUGCAACAUAACUUUACAAGUUCUACUAGCCAGAACAAGCGGAAGAAGCUAUUAUGGGGUUCUUUACCUUUCUCUGCAAUCCAGGAAACGAGUGGUGAGAUAGAAAGUUCCAGUUUCAAGGUAGUUGGUAGUGAAAGGAAAGAGUCUCUAGCCCCAACUUUAUUGACUGAAAAUGAGGCAGGAAAAUGUUAUGAUGUAAUGAUGACAAAGGAAGGUGCGUAUGCUUCUGAUUCAAAAGAAGAAAGUGUAUUAGUUGGAUGUUCUGUCCGGGACUUGAUGAGGAGGAAGAGAUGUCGUCGAGUUGAUCCUGCUGAGUUUGUGUCAAGCAGUGUUAAAAAGUCACCUUUGGAUGGGGAACAGAAAGAAGACAAUCUUAUUUUCCCGAAAAGUUUGGAUUUCCAGAUAAUGGAUGAGGACCAAUGCGAUAAGAUGCCAUCUUUUACUGACCAACGAGUAGGUUUUCUUGACACUUGUGUCCCUGAAACUAACAAUCCCAACUAUUCCAAGCAUGGUCAACUACCCCUUUUGUGCCACAGUGAUAGUUCAUUGCUGGUCAAUUCUUCACAUACUGUGAGAAACAAGGUACCAUUGGUCUUUGACUCCAAUAUGCGAAAUUCUGCAGAUUCUAUGGAUCAUUUCAAAAUUUGUAGUGUGAGAGAGACUGGUGCUGCUGUGUCUUGUUCAAAAGCUAAAGAUUCUGAUGUCCACAAUUCCAAAUCUGAUUUGUUUGAUGGGUGCUUGCUGAAGUUUGAUGCUAAUGAUAGAACUUCAGAUGGUCGCAUCAACAAUGAAGGUGUAACUUCCAUUGAGCAGGAACAUGAACUAUCCAAUGAAAAUCCUAUUAACAUAGUUGCAACUGCCCACUCCACGGUUUUGGGGAAGGAGAGCUAUGGGGAUGGAGUGCAUGGAGGAGCUAAUGGUGUAGAUAUGCUUGGCAGCUCAGCAUAUAUGGUUGACAUGAUGGAAGCAAAACCUGAAGGCUUAAUUGGCAUGACGUUUUGCAGGAAGCCCCCUGCUCCAGACUGGAACAAUGGGGGGUACGAAAAAACUGUGGUUCCAGUGAUCGACGAAAGUCGUGGAGGAAGAACAGGUGGCUCUUCGGAUGAAUUUCUCCCUUUCUUUGCGAGAGAUGACUGGGAUGAAGAAGUUUGGAACAAGUGUGAAAAUAGAUACUCUAAUAUUUGCCAAGAAGCUCUCAUGGGUGUUCCCACUCACUACCAAAAUGAUGGCUCUCUUUUGUACCUGCUAACACCUGUAAUUUUGCCACCUUCUGUAGACAGAGUUUGUAGAUGGUUAAUGCAUGAUGGUGAAGGUACUCCUGGAGAGAUAAACUCAGCACCAAUGGUGCCUUCAUCUCUGAAAGUCUGUCCGAUUGGUUCACAAAGUUCUUUGGAGAAUGAUGGUAUGGCUUCAAUUGGAUGUGGUUCUAAGGCUCAUGUGAUGCCUAUUCUGGAUAAAGUACAAAAAGGAAAGACUGAGAAUGUCAAAGCAGAGAUGAGUAAUUCUCAUGAUGAAACGAAAACAAUAUUCCAGAAAGAGAAACUUGUGGUGAAACCACUUGCCUCUGGUGAUUACUUAGAAAAUAUUUCUCAGAUUUCAGGUCCAGAUGGCAGGUCAAAGUCUACUCCUCUUAGUCAACUUGGAUUUCGGGAUCCUGCACUUGUUGGUGCUGGGCAACAGCUAACACUUCUAAGCAUAGAGGUUCAAGCAGCAUGUAGAGGUGAUCUGCGACCAGAUCCUCGGUUUGAUGCCAUCAAUGUCAUAGCUCUUGCUCUUCUUGAUGAUAGUGAUUCUAGCAUUCAAGUUUAUGUGCUUUUGCUUGGUAAUACUGGAUCACAGCAGAGGAGUCUUGAUGCGAUAUCUGGCUGCAGGGUACUUGGAUUUUCUGAAGAAAAGCAGUUAUUUAGCAAUUUCAUGAAGAUUUUAGGUUCAUUUGAUCCAGAUGUAUUGAUGGGUUGGGACAUACAGGGCAGUUCUCUUGGUUUUCUUGCUGAAAGGGCUGCUUGUCUUGGUAUAGGUUUACUCAACAGCAUAUCUCGGACACCAACAGAAACCAAGAUAGUUGCUGGAGAUUCAGAAAUUUCUCAGAGACAUCUACUGGAUAAUAUACUAAAUGAAUCCCAAGUUUCUGACUUUGGUUUGCUAGAAGAUGCUAUAGUUGAGGAUGAAUGGGGCCGAACUCAUGCCAGCGGUGUUCAUGUUGGUGGUAGAAUUGUCCUCAAUGUAUGGCGGUUAAUGCGUGGUGAAGUUAAGCUUAACUUGUACACAGCUGAAGCUGUUGCUGAUGCUGUCUUGAAGCGAAAAAUCCCAGCUAUUCCUCAAAAAGUAUUGACGAAAUGGUUUUUGAGCGGUCCGGGCCAAGCGAGGUAUAGGUGCAUCGAAUACAUAAUAGAGAGAGCAAAGCUAAACCUUGAGAUAAUAAAUCAACUUGAAAUGGUCAAUCGGACAUCGGAACUUGCUCGUGUCUUUGGCAUCGACUUUUUCUCUGUUUUAUCUCGAGGUUCACAGUACCGCGUUGAAUCUAUGCUGCUACGGUUGGCUCAUACACAAAACUACAUAGCCAUUUCUCCUGGGAACCAACAGGUUGCUUCUCAACCGGCAAUGGAGUGCUUACCUCUUGUAAUGGAACCACAAUCUGGUUUUUAUGCAGAUCCUGUUGUUGUUUUGGAUUUUCAGUCACUUUAUCCAUCAAUGAUAAUUGCAUACAACCUUUGCUUCAGUACAUGCCUUGGAAAAGUUGAACCUUCGAAAGAAAAUACCCUCGGGGUUAGUUCAUUUUCACCAGAUCCACAUAUUUUGCAGAAUUUAGUCGGCCAAAUACUACUGACUCCAAAUGGUGUUAUGUACGUGCCGUCCAAGGUUCGUAAAGGGGUAUUGCCUCGGUUAUUGGAUGAAAUAUUAUCAACCAGAAUAAUGGUGAAGCAAACCAUGAAGAAGUUGGCUCAUUCACAGCAAGUUCGUCGUAGGAUAUUUGAUGCAAGACAGCUUGCUUUGAAGUUGAUAGCAAAUGUAACAUAUGGUUAUACAGCUGCUGGAUUUAGUGGUCGCAUGCCUUGUGCAGAGCUUGCAGACAGUAUUGUUCAAUGUGGCCGUAGAACUCUUGAGAAGGCUAUUUUAUUGGUUAAUACAAAUGAAAGAUGGAAUGCCAAAGUUAUAUAUGGUGAUACUGACAGCAUGUUUGUCCUCCUCAAGGGGCGAAGUAUCAAAGAAUCUUUUGAAAUUGGGCAGGAGAUUGCAUCUGCAGUCACUGCAAUGAAUCCAGCUCCAGUUACGUUGAAAAUGGAGAAAGUUUAUCGUCCUUGCUUCCUACUUACUAAGAAGCGUUAUGUCGGUUACAGUUACGAGAGCCCUGACCAGGUGAAACCUGUGUUUGAUGCCAAAGGUAUUGAGACAGUUCGCAGAGACACUUGCAAGGCUGUUUCAAAAAUGAUGGAACAGUCAAUGAGACUAUUUUUUGAACAUCAGGACAUUUCACAGGUUAAAACAUAUUUGCUGCGUCAAUGGAUGCGAGUACUUUCUGGCAGGGUGUCUCUACAGGAUUUUGUUUUUGCAAAGGAAGUUCGCCUAGGUACCUAUAGUACAAGGACUUCCUCAUCGCUACCACCCGCUGCAAUUGUGGCUACUAAGGCAAUGAGAGCAGAUCCCAGAGCAGAACCACGAUACGCAGAGCGAGUUCCUUAUGUUGUAAUCCAUGGAGAGCCUGGGGCCCGCCUGGUUGACAUGGUUAUAGAUCCAUUGCAUCUCUUGGCUCUUGAUUCCCCUUAUAGAUUAAAUGAUAUAUACUACAUCAAUAAACAGAUAAUCCCAGCAUUACAGCGGGUGUUUGGGCUUAUUGGUGCAAAUUUGAAUCAGUGGUUUGCAGAGAUGCCUCGUCCUGUCAGGAAAGCAUCAACUAAAUGCCCCCUGUUUGCUCCAAAUCCUCAUCGCACCAGAAUCGAUUAUUACUAUCUCUCGAAAUAUUGUGUACUGUGUGGUGAGUUGGUCCAGCCAUCAGCCCAUCUUUGCCAUAGGUGUUUGCAAAAUGAAGCUUCUGCUACAGCAGCUGUGGUGGGAAGAACUUCAAAGUUAGAGAGAGAAAUGCAACACCUCGCAGCUAUAUGCCGGCAUUGUGGAGGUGGGGACUGGCUCGUUGAAAGUGGGGUGAAGUGCAUUUCACUUGCAUGCCCUGUGUUUUACGAGAGGCGCAAAGUCCAAAAGGAACUAAUGGGUCUUUCUGCAAUUGCAUCGGAUGAGGGUGUUUAUCCAAAAUGUAUGGUUGAGUGGUUUUGAUUCUACUAAAGGUAAACCUUAAGCAAAAGCACGCAUUUGCCACCAACUCCUGUAUUCCUUAGUUGUCAUUGUACAUAUGGAGGAUGUAUAGCUUUGUAUGGUCAGUGUUGUAUGCACGCUUUGGAAAUCCAGUCAUGUAGCUGAUAGAAAGUAGAAUAAGAGGGUCCCUCUAGGGGAUUAAUUAA